AUGAACAUAGCAAGGAGAAUAUUAUUUUCCAUUUUUGCAAUAAGCACAACAAUAGCAAGAUGUAGUCAUAUAAAAGAUAAAUUAUUUAAGAGCCUAAAAAAAAAUACAAAAUUUAUAGUAUUAAACGAACCCAUUUUGGAUCUAGGGUUCAGCGAAGGGUUACUACACACGGUGCUAUUUGAUUUAGAGAUAGGUGAUAACUUGUACACCUUAGAUGAACAUUUAUUAAAUCUGAACAAUUUAAAUCAUGUAAACAUUUUCCAACUCCUACUAGAUAUAUAUAAACAAUUGGAAGAUAAAAAUAAUCAAGGGGUAGAAAAUAUUCGAUAUAUAUUUCUGGGAACAGCUUUUACUAGAGUACACCCUCUAAACCUUGAACUCCUGUUAAGAAAAUUUAAUAAGUAUAUUUAUAACGGGUCUAAUUAUAAAAAUGGAUCUAUAGACAUUGAAGGAAUUCUGUUCGAGUAUAAUGUUGAGUUAAAGAAAAAGAAAGACGCAAUGGAAGAAAUGCAAGUGAUGUAUUCAAGAAAAGAGGAAGAAGAACAUACAAAUGAUAAAAGCAAGGGAAUUACGGCUAAAGAACAUAUUCAACGUAUGAUUCAGGAGGAAAUGAAUUUUUUUUCAAGUGAUGAAAAUGAAAUUAGCGACAAAUUUGUUCACCCAGGUGAUACGUACAAAGGACUAUUCAUUGGAUAUAGAUUUAAUGAUGAAAAGUCAUCAUUAUCUGGAAAUAAUCAUAACAUGAAUAAAGAUUUUUUCUUUUUUUCUUUGAAUAGCGGUAUAAUUAUGGAUAUUUUUUUGUUAAGGAAUUUAUGCAACCACAUCAUGAUGAACUCAUCGAUAAAUAAUUUUAAACUAAUAAGAGAUAACAUAUUCGAAUUGUCGAAAUAUGUUUUUGAUUAUCUAGAUGUGAAGUUAACUCACUUUGAAAAUACCUGUCUCAAUGAUGAGAACCAUGUGCAUCUGUUAGAUAAUGAUGGGAGAACCAAGUAUGACGCUUACAAAUACCAUCUAGUUCUACAUCUGUUUCGUGAUUACUACAAUAUGGGGAAUGAAGGUAAUAAUAGCAAGGAGAGUAAAGGUUCAUCAUCUGAUGAAAAAGCUGAACCCAUGGUUGAUCCUGGAGAUCGACCAAGCGAUGAAGAAUUUGCACAUCUAAUAUUAUCCUACUUCAACCUUUUCUAUCCAAUAUCAACUUGUGCAAGUUAUUCUGUUAGAUCUAGUAGUGAAGCUUUUGUGCAUUAUGACAAAUAUCACCAGAUCAGUAUCGAAAAUGAUGUGAAGUUGGAAAAGUACAUAAAAGAGACAGAAGAAAUAAAUUUCCAUUCUAUAGAUGAAUACAAAAUGAAACUUAAUCGAAUUAAUAAAAAGUAUGAUACUCUCCUGGAUGAAAAUGAAAAUAAUUGGACACAUAAAAAUCUCAUCAUUGGAGUAGUAACGAGUGAAAAAACAGAAAAUAGAAUAGGUUAUAUAAAAAAUACAUACGAUAAUAAGAAAAAUAACGAGCUAAUUUUUAACUCAUAUUUAGCGAAUAAAAAGGAAGGAAAAUUAAAAAAUAAGAAUGCAGAAAUAGAGGAUAAUGCAAGUAGUGCCAAGGGACAUAACAAAAAUGGGGAAAACAUUUUAAACCAUAAUUUCUUAAAAAGUGCUUUCGAAAAUGAAGAAAUAAAUGUUCAAGUCAUUUAUUUUUCUGACAAAGAAAGUAAAAAUUACGAUAUGCUUCAUUUUGAAGAUAAUAAUGAUAUAGAUUCACAAAAUGGUGAUAGAUUCUGCAAAAAAGUGAGAAAUAUAAUCUAUCAUCUGUAUGAAGAAUAUGUUCAGAAAAAUUCACCCGUAAAAUUUUUUUUUAUUUCACCUGACAAUACAUUUGUCAAUGUCAAAAAUUUAAUUGAUGUAAUGAAUUUAACUACAAAUCAAUGCACUCAUUCGAGGGGAUAUAUGUAUAUGAAAUAUGUAAAAUAUUUUGAUCAUUUAGAUGAAAAUGAAUCAGAAUUUGUAAAAAAUUUCAACAACAGAUAUCUGUACCUUUACAAAUAUAUAAAAACCACUCUCGCUAAAACUAUUAAUGCAUUGAAGUCAUACAAUUAUGUACCUGUCUAUUGCAAAGACGCAGGUGCAGGCAAAGUAUCGACAGGAGUACUAAAUAAUAAACAUGUUCCUUUUUAUAUCGGGAAGAGAUACACACACAAUUCUCUUACAAAGGAUGAACAAAAUGUCUAUCAUUACUUAGCAGGUGCAGCUGGAAUACUACUCAACGAUGAAGCUGUGAAAAAAUUAUACUUCUGCAAGAACAAGUGUGUUCCCUGCCCAAUGGGAAGCAUCAACAAUGUUGACAAAAUGAGCAAUGCUGACAAAAUGACCAAUGUCGAAAGGAGGGACACAGAAAACUUGUUUAAUGAAGACGCUUUAGGUCUUUGGACUAAGCAACUAAACAUCCUACCCAUAAAUUUUGAAGGAUUCUUCCCAAAAGAACCGAGGGACUAUAACCCACAUUACCUGAACACAAUAGUGCCAAUUACCUUUCAUAAGCUAAAUAUAGACAAAACUGUGGAUGAAACGAAGAAACUUUUUUUUCAACAUCUUGUUAAUUAUAAAAAAGGGAGUAACAAAGGUAUUGAGGAGGAUACAGAGUCGUGUGUAGAUUAUCUCGAUAGAAAUUAUAAAAACACAAUUGAUCAAAUUUUUCAUUUUUUUUUUUAUGCAAAUGAGCUUCACCAAGCUAACUCAGAUACAGAUGUACUUAAAGCUACUGAAUACAUCUAUAACAAAAUGAGUUCAAGUAAAAAAUUCAAACAUCUAUUUAACAUCACAAGUUUUUUUAAAGCCGACGUUGAAGAUAUGAUAUACUUUCAAACAAGAGCAUCCAAAAACGACAAUAUGAAGAAGGGGAAUAGGAAGGAAAAAAGUUACACGAAUAAUUAUGUACACAGGAAGGAAUCAUUGCAUCAUACACACAACCACGUUGGAUCCGAUAGCACGACGGGAGAAACCUCCCCACCCCAUGACGACCCCAUGGAUGACCUCGAGUCUGGGGAAGUGGACGAUAUGGAGGACGAUGGGGAUCUAUUCGAUGAUGACGAUUAUGACCAUGAGGAGUAUCUGCAUGGGAUAGCAAAUCACAAAAUUAAUGGAAGUGAUCGGGCAGAUAUUACCCCAGGUAAAAAGCGCGAUUCAACGGAUGCAAUCGAAUUAGGUGACACCGAUAUGGAUGACGAUUUGGACAUAACAACGGAUGGAUGGGAUGGUAACAAUUCUGAUCUCCCCACAGAUGGAAGUGACAGCAACAAUUCUGAUCUUCCCACAGAUGGAAGUGACAGCAACAAUUCUGACCUCCCCACAGAUGGAAGUGACAGCAACAAUUCUGACCUCCCCACAGACGAAAGUGAAUUGUAA